CCUGUAGGGGUGAUUAGAGAGAUACUGCAGCCACCCCUUGCACCACCAGAGAUACUGGACAAGAUGAGGCAAGCUCUGCAAUGCCAUCAGGACUUGAAGUUUCAGCAAGCGAAGCAGGAAUUUGAUGACGCAAAAUCGAAGUGGAAGACCAUGUGCGAACAAAGUGGAGCGGCAGAAGAAACUCAAGUCCUUCCAACUGAGGGUCUUCUUUUCUUCUCCAUUGCAAUAGGUUCAGUUCAUGAAAGUCAAGGCAACGACGAGAUGGCACAAAAAAGUUAUGAGGAGGCAGAGGCAUGUGCUGGAGAUCUUCCCUCCUACCACCUUGGCAGGGCUGUGCCUCUUACCUGUCUUGGCUCCGUCCUUUUCCACAACAACGAAUACACACUGGCACUGCGGUCCUACCUCAAGGCCAAGAUUUUUCGCGAAAAGCACCCACUUUUGGGUAGCAACCAUGUCAACACAGCGCUUGCGUACCAUAACAUGGGUUGCUGCCUGGAGAGUCUGGGGCAAAUAGGCAAGGCAUUGGGGUUGAUGAGGCAGGCAUUCAAAAUCUUCAGCGAUCAACUAGGGCCUAAUCACCCACGGACAGCGUUGGCAGCACGCAACAUCUCACGGACCUUGCGUAAGCCACUCAACUUGUGCAUUAAAGAAGAAUCUGAAGCGGCUAGAAAAGUUCAUGGACGCCAGAGACGUGGGGCUGUUCCAGAUAUUCGAGCGACAUUAUUGCCCGCACAUAUGUGAUUUGGAGAUUUGUUUUGCAGAUGGAAUUUCCAAAUGCUGAGUGGGGGACCACUGCCUAGCAUUCCUGACAAGUCGUCGCAAAGAAUCUUUUCUUUUUUACCCAUUUCUGAUGUGGAUAUCGAUUCCGCCAAUGUUUUUAGCAAAGGCAGGGAAGAGGGGAGAGGGAGGGAUUGAGGAGAUUGGGAUCAGGGCUGCAUGAGCUUUUGAAAACGUUUAUUUAAGUUAGUAUUUAUUUAACUUAAUUUAACUUUAUUUAUUUGUUUGUUUUUGGCCCCAAAACCUACUGCGUGCCGAUAUGAAGGGAAACAGAAAGGUAUAUUCUUCUCCUCAAUUUUUUAUUCAUUUCUGUCUCUCUUCGACUGUGGGAACCCCAGUCCAGCCAGCUUUGCAGUAGUCUUCAACUGUUUGGGCUGUAGAGUGUGCUAGGGGUGCUAGGGGUGCUAGGGGUGCAAACAAAAGUUCUAGGGUGUG